ACUGCUAACGAAGCACUUACUUUCAGAGCGAUGGCGCGCAACGCAUUGCUGAUCCUGGCAGCCUCUGCUGGGGCCCUGAAACCCACCAGGCUCGCGCGGCGACGUAUCAUGCAUGGCGCCGCCGCCGCUUUAAUAACAACACUACCAAUGGCCGCAGUAGCACAGGAGAAGGGCUUGAGCUUCGGCGAGGCGAUCGGCAAGGAGCUGGGCAUCGUCGACGGCAAGAAGGUCGAGCUGCCCGCCAUCCUGUCGGACAAGCCGUCGUCGGCCCGUGCGGGACUCAAUUUCGCGGCGCCGCCGUGCGCAAUCGUCGCGACGCAGGUUCAAAAACAUGAAGUGCACGCCGUCGGCAUGGCGCCAGUGCCCCGACCAGGCGGCGCAGAGCCCCGCGGCGCGGGGCAACAAGGAGACCGAGGACCAGCUCGCGAACAAAUUUACGAGAAGGCGGGCGCAGCUGCAGAUCGAGAAGGCGGGCGGCAGCCUCGGCGACGCGGCGCCGGACGCGCCCAAGCCGCCGCCCGUGGAGGCGACGUCCAAGGCCCAGGGCCUCCCCGAGCCGUGGGUCGAGGUCACGGACGAGAAGACCGGCAAGGUCUACUACGGCAACACGAAGACGGGCGCGACGCAGUGGGCGAGGCCCGAGUAGGAGCUAAGUUUUAUGCCA